AUGCCUCCAUUAAUGAAGACUUGGCCGGCCUUUCAGUUCAAGAAUCAGCUCUCCGACGAUAUCGUCGAGGACAUGAAGACCACGAUGGCCACCAUGACAACUGUUAUCAAGAGUAAACACACGGGCUAUGCUCGCGCUGCAGCUUACAGAACGUACAUCAACAGUAUGCUGUCGUUGUAUCGCGACCAUCUACAAGACAAUGAAUGGAACAGGUCAUGCUUGAAACUCUUUGCCAGAGCCGUAGUCGAGGUUGGCGAGACAUAUCGUCCCAUUGGCCCAUCAGUUCCACAUGACCAUGGCGCUCAAUUCGAUCCUCAUGGGAACCGUUAUUUUCAGCCUGCUCCUCAGUUCCGACAGACUCAAGAUCAGCCUCAGUUCCUACCUCAAUUACAGUCUCAGUUUGAACCAUAUCAGCCUCUCAGGGACCCUUUCCAGUACACGUUCCAGAAUCAACAACCUCCCUUCCGACCGCCUUACAUAAUUCCUGGCGACUUCUGCAUUCUGAACUACGUCCAAGCCAGUAAAAGGCCGCUUCAAGCCGUUUGCUUAGAGGUCCCUCGUCAAUACACCGUCAUCGCUGAAGAAUUUGGAGAACUCAAACUUGCAGGAUUGAAAUCACUCGUCGAGAAGUCAUUCGCUGAUCUCAGGAUUGCUCGUAACUAUCGCAUCCUAUACCAGGAUCCUACUGGGACAGGAAUGUUGCCAAUCACGAAUGACGACAACUACCGAUCCGCUGUGGAGACCAUGGUUACAUCGGAAAUGUUCGAUCCCAGAGAUGGAUCCCACUUUCAUGUCGUGGUAGACGAGGACGAAGCAAGUAAGAAGAUCAAAGUUGGCAAGCGCCCCUUCACUAGAAACUGA